AUGACCAGUCUCCAGAUAUUUCUUGCCCUAUUUUUUCUGUUCAAAAAUUUUUGCAAUUCUCAAUCACCGGCUUUCACAUGCCCAAAUAAUGCAAAUGCGCUCGUUUCGAAUAGUGGAUCGAAUGUAUUCUGCACUUCUCUGGGGACAAGUUCAGAUUGUCCAACAAGGUUUGGAAAUUCUUUGGACUUUUUUUUAUGGGAAUUUUAGAUAUGAAAAAAAUUAGUGAAUUUUUGAAGCCCCAAAAAUAAAUAUUAAAAAAUCCAAUGGGAACUACGUUUCAACUAUAUUAUACAAAACCUGAAAAUAUAAUGUUUGUGUUUUGCAGCUCGACAUGUGUAACUGCCUCAAACUCUGCAUCUGUUCUCAUUUGUUGUUCACAAUCUACAACAAUCACUCCAAUCUGUCCAAAUAAUGCGUUAGCUCAAACUUCAACCACAAAUUCAAAUGGUUUCGUUGAAUGCACAAUUUCGAAUCCGAUAACUUGUUCAACUGGUUUUCAAUGUUUGACAAGUUCAAAUAUUCCGACUGUUGCGAUUUGUUGUUCAACAACAACUUCAACUUCCACAUGUCCCACUGAUUUUACACCAGUUGUUGGAAGCACUGGGACUACGGUAGGGAAAAGCUUUCGGAAAAAAUAGGUUUUUUUCGAGUCUCAAAGUUAUCUACAGUAACCAGACUCAAAAAAUUUCACACAUUAAUUCAGAUAACAUGCAAUCCUUCCUCUUCGGGUUGCCCAUCUGGUUCAACAUGUCUACAAUCUACCCAAACAUCCUCAUUUAUCUGCUGCAGAUCUUCAAAUUCCAACAGAAUUUGCUCGAAUAAUCAAAACGCAUUAGUCACAAAUGGUGCUAUUGAACUUUGCACAACUCCAGGCACGGCAUGUUCAUUAACUGGUUACACGUGUCAAUUAUCGAUUUUAUUAGCUUCAUAUGUUUGUUGUGGAUUUGGGGAUUCGACUACAACUGGAGUUCAAUGUUUGGAUAAUCGACCGACUUAUCAGGAGAGAGAAGGUAUAAGAAAGUUUGUGUCAAAAUUUCACUGUUUCAAAUUUUUAAAAUCUGUUUCUGAAAUCUUGAAUACGAUGGAAAAAAUUGUUAGGGAAUAAUAUUUUUUGGAAAUUAACUUUUUUUUUUAUCUACCUUCUAAAAAUAAUCAGACAUUUAUGUAUUGGGUACAAAAGCAACAAAAAAUGUACCCACAAUACACCUGUGACGUUGAAAUUUGGAAAUAAAAUCAUAUGAUUUUUUAUUCAGGGAUCACUUAUACUUGCGAAAUCAAUAGUGCAACAACAGGUUGUCCAAGUGGCUAUGAUUGUGCAGCAUCAGAUGAUCCAUUCAUUGAUGUUUGCUGUCUUACUGGCUCCACUCCAAUUCCAGAAAACCUUGCCUGUCCAACAGGUUGGAACCCCUAUCGGAAUGAGGUUGAUAACUCGAUUCGGACCUGCUCUGCAGUUCUCGACACUUCUUGCCCUGUUGGAUUUUCAUGUGCUCCUAGCUCAACAAGUCAAAUAAGUUUUUUGUGUUGUCGAUUGGCGACAUCAUUAGUUUGUAUAAAUGGUAAUACUUUAUUGGUAAAUGGUGCCCCAAAAUUGUGCCAACCUGGAUCGAUUUCACAAUGCCCAUUCAAUUACUCGUGUCAGCAAAGUAUCAAUGUAAGUUUUAACUUGGAUUCUAAUUUUCGAAUUAUGUUUUUUUUAGCCAACAGUCACAGUCUGCUGCUCUUCGUAA